UGACGUUUAUGAAUGUCAAAAAAUAGACGACGACGCCGCUUUGGCUUGUUUUUACAGUUUUAAUGAUUAACUUUUGUCUUUAAAUUUUCGCAUAAAUUACAUAUCUUUAAUACAAAAGUGAUUAUUAAACAUGACUACUAUAUGCCCUAAGAAGGAUGGAGGGCCCAAUGUGGAUUAUUUUCAGGCACCGGAGUCACUUGCUCAGUUUGAUCAAAUUCGUGUUUGGCUUCAAAAAAAUUGCAAAAAGCAUGUACAAACCGACCCACCGACUAAAGAGGGCUUGGCUCAACUUGUCAUUCAACUUAUACAAUAUCAAGAGAAUAAACUGGGAAAAAAUGCAUCAGACCCACCAUUUAUUCGGCUUCCAAUGAAAGUGUUUAUGGACAUGAAGCCAGGCGGUUCCCUGUGUACGGUGCUUGCCACCAUGUUCCGCUUUAAGUCGGAGCAACGGUGGCGCAAGUUCGACUUCCAGGUCGGUAAGAAUCCAUCGCGCAAAGACCUGAAUGUACAAAUGAUGAUGGAGAUUGAAUCCUCUCUGAGCACCGCUGAGAUAGUACGCACGCCGUGUGUCUACAUACGACCAGACGUGGACAAGGCCACUGUGAAUAAGAUUAAAGAGAUUAUCGGACAUCAUGGAGAUAUUUGCGAGGACGAGGAGGAAGCUACGCACAUAAUAUAUCCAACGGUGGAUCCUCUUGAAGAGGAGUACGCGCGACCAGUGAUCCGUCGCGGCAACAACGUGCUCGUGCAUUGGUACUACCUACCUGACAGUCACGACACGUGGGCGCCGGCCGAUUUGCCGGUGGAUGUACCAGAAACCGCUAAUUGGGAGUGCAACCGCUCUGAGCCAUGGCGCGUGUCUGCAUCUUGGAUUCUUGACCUUCCGCAAUACAACGAGUGGAUGAAUGAGGAAGACUAUGAAGUUGAUGUUAACGGCAAGAAAAAGGUCCACAAACUGCGUUUGUCGGUUGAUGACCUACUACCGGGCGCGGAGCCGUCUAGCAAGGGCAAGAAAGGCAGCAAGAGGAAGCGGUCCCCGUCGCCGCCGCCGCAGAAACACGGCAAGAGAAAGAGUCGCACAACAAAGCGUCGCGACAAUGACGCCGACGACGAGGAGGACAACGCGUCCAGGGACAACACGGACACCGCGCCCACGCCGGAUAGCGAAAGGGCAACUGAAUCUGCAGCGGCGACUCCAGCGCCGGAGACGGCGACGACGCCGGCGCCAGCCGCCAGCGAAGCCCCCGCCACACCCGCGCCGCCGCCCGACGCGCACGACACGCACGAUGACUCGCAGGGCAAACACUCCGACUCUAACACACAGGAAAUGCUGAUAAAAGAGGAAUUAGAGGACAAUGUGACAGACCAGACGCAUCACAUCGUCGUGCCGUCAUAUUCAGCGUGGUUCGACUACAACUCCAUACACACCAUAGAGAAACGCGCUUUGCCAGAGUUCUUCAAUGGGAAAAACAAAUCUAAGACACCCGAAAUAUAUCUGGCUUACAGGAAUUUCAUGAUCGACACCUACCGCUUGAAUCCCACCGAGUACUUGACGAGCACGGCUUGCCGGCGUAACUUGGCCGGCGACGUUUGCGCCAUCAUGCGCGUUCACGCUUUCCUCGAGCAAUGGGGACUCGUCAACUAUCAGUUGGAGGCAGAAUCACGUCCGACUGCGAUGGGUCCGCCUCCCACGUCGCACUUCCACGUGUUGUCCGACACGCCGUCCGGCCUACAACCGCUAGUCGCACGUCGUCCAGCAGAGAACGCGGCUGUACCAAAGGUGGAGGCAGGUCUACCAAACGGGACGGAAGCAGGCGUUGCGGGGGCAGCAGCGGGCCCUGCGGGGCCGGGUGCAGCGCCGCCUGCCGCGCCCACGCCGCCCGCCGUCAAGCCCGAGCCCGCCCUCGACCUGGGCACUUUACCCGGUCUCAAGCUUGACCAGUAUCGCGGCGGCGCUCGCGGCCGCGAGUGGACGGAGCAGGAGACGCUGCUGCUGCUGGAGGCGCUGGAGCUGCACCGCGACGACUGGAACCGCGUGGCCGCGCACGUGGGCACGCGCACACACGACGAGUGCAUCCUGCACUUCCUGCGGCUGCCCAUCGAGGAGCCCUACCUGCACGACUCCGCCGCAGGAGGAGUUUUGGGUCCAUUGGCCUACCAGCCUAUACCAUUUAGCAAAACAGGCAAUCCUGUAAUGAGUACAGUGGCAUUCCUCGCAUCAGUGGUCGAUCCACGUAUUGCUUCUAAAGCUACUAAGGCUGCCAUGGAUGAAUUUGCUGCUAUUAAGGACGAGGUGCCGGCGGCGAUGAUGGAGGUGCACGUAAAAGCUGCCGGAGCUCACGGACCUGCCGCCGCGCUCGCAGCUACCGGCAUCGCAGGCACCGCGCCCGACCCAGACCCUAGCGCUGAGAAAAAGGAAAGUUCAUCAGAUGUAAAGGCUGAACCUAUGGAAGUAGAAGAAGGAGGCGAACAAAAGAUCAAAGACGAACCGAGUGAAGCUGCCGCCGCCGAAGAUAGCAAAGACAGCACUAGCAAAGAUGCACCCUCACCGCAACCAGAGGGCCCGGCAACAGUGGACGCUAAAUUGCAAUCAGCGGCUGCGGCGGCGCUCGCAGCGGCUGCGGUCAAGGCUAAACACUUAGCCGGUGUUGAGGAGAGGAAGAUCAAGUCAUUGGUUGCAUUACUAGUUGAGACGCAAAUGAAAAAAUUGGAGAUCAAGCUCCGACACUUCGACGAACUCGAGGCCACUAUGGAGCGGGAGAGAGAAGGUUUGGAAUACCAACGUCAACAGCUGAUUCAGGAAAGGCAACAGUUCCAUCUUGAACAGUUGAAGGCAGCAGAAUUCAGGGCAAGGCAUCAGGCCCACCAGAGGCUGCAAGCGGAAAGCGGCGCGGCGCCGACAGCGGGCGCGGGCGCGGCGGCGGCGCCGGCGCCCGGGCCCAGCGCCGUCGAGCAGGCGCCGCCCGACGUCGCGCCGCCGCAGCCACAGCACGCGUAAACUUCAUGACAAUCAUGCACCAGGCACACUGUAUAUUGUGUCCAUUUGGGGAACUUAUUUACCACAGGGAAGAAUGAUAUUCAUUUGAUUUUCAUCCAAACUCUAUUUCAAAUAUUAUGGUAUGGCUGAACAUCCUUAAAAUCUAUUUAAAAAUAAACUUUUAUAGCCUUUUAGUUACAUCCUCAUACUCUGGCCACUCAUGGAACGAACAUUUUUAUCAUGCAUAGUUCAUGAGUUCCUAUAGCCACCUUCCGUCUUAUUCAUCUGACUAGCUUUAUUGUACGAUGAUAUUGUUCUGUCUCCGAACUUACGUAAGUAUGCAACAUUUUAGCAUAGCUAGACGCCAAAAUAUGGUUAAAAAGUAGUUGGCAAAUUUAAACAGUAAAAAAAUUGUAAUAAAAAACUUUUAAAUUGCUAAUAAGUGUUGAAGGACAAUUCUCUGUAUACUUUAUCUUUAUACGUGUCUGUAUUUCAUUGACUGUCGUAAUAGAACACACAGUCAUAAAAAAAAUUGUAUUUUAUAAAAAUCAGUAGCUAUUUAUUCUAAGUAAAAUAUAAGCUAUACUGUGAAGAAAAAAGAACAGAAUUUAUUAAUUAACUCCGCAGAAAAGAAUUUAUCCUCAUACAAAUAUAACAUGCCAUACAGAAGCCUUAAGAGGCUUUAGAAUCACGUUGUUUUUAUACCAAUACCAUUGUAUUUGAAAUGAAGUGCGAUUUCAACUCUAGAUAUGACUCAAGAUAUUUUUUAUACACUCACUGUAAUUAAAUUAGACAUUGGAUAUCAAAAGAUGCGUGAGUAAGAAUAUUUGUGUUUGAUUAAAUGUAUUAGAGUGAAUAUUCAUAUAAUUCUCUGUAAUUUAAAUUGAUCUGUCUGAUCGUUGUAUGUAAUAUGUGGAAUGGAUGAUGUAACAACAUGUAAUUAGUUUUAAUUAUUUAGUAAGUAUUAUAAGAUUAUAUUUAUAGGAGCUAGAAGCUAAUAAGUACCCAUAACAACUAGUUAUGAAAUAAAUCAUAUAAAAUCCAA